GUUUUCUUCCAGCAUCAAUGCAGUAUUGCCGAAAGAUAGGUUUCUUUAACAAAAAGUAUCAUGUUUGGACUUUGAGAAAGCAGAUUGUUAGCCUACCUGAAGAUAGGAAUUUCCGUCACUCUCAAGGUCUACCUGGCAAGACAGAUGUCUUUUUGUUGACUGACUCCUCAGUAGCCUGAAACGAGAGACGAGACGAGAAGAACACUUCCUGCAAUCGAAGGUGUAACUUCAAGCUCUCUCGCUGGAAUCUAGAUCUAGAUCUAGUGCGAUCUUCGAGAAUUGCUUGUCGUUUGUGCACACGAGCUGGGUGGUAUCAGCGUGUCGUCACGUGGCCGUGUGACAUGUGAAGACUCGAGCGCGUACGUCAUCAAUGCUGCGGCACGACAGAGCUGCUACGCCCCCGCUCUCACUUCCCAUGACCCGCUCCCAAAGUUCCUCCGUGUUCGUCCUGGUGCUGUGCCUGGCCACCAGCGUUGCAGCCGCCCCGGAGUGUCUGUCUGUUUGCCACUGCGAGAAUGAGUCCCAGGACAUGUCAUGUGUGGGCGGGAAGGUGGCGGAGAUCACGGCAGCGACGGGCGGCGACCUCCAGAGCCUGGAAAUGGACAAGGUCAUGGGAGUUCAAAGCAUGGACAGAAAAUGUUUACAAGACUUGAAGGACAAGGACCUCACCAGACUGACCAUCACUUUCAGUUUUGUGAAGACUCUGGACCCUGGAGUGUUCGACAACAUGACCUCUCUAGAGGAGCUGAACUUAAGCAAGAACGAGAUCAGCAGCAUCAGCCCAGAGGUGUUCACUGACCUAAGCCAUCUACGGUCACUCAACCUGUCGCACAACCGCUUGGCCGGGCUAGAGGGCACGCUCGCUGCCAUUCCCACUCUGACCUCUCUAGAUCUCAGCAGUAACUCCCUGCAGGAGCUCCCGUCUGGAGUUUUCCGGUCACUUACUGAGCUCACCUUCCUAAAGCUAAAUGGCAACUCACUGAAGAGCUUGUACAGCCAUUCAUUCGAAGGCCUGUCCAACGUCCGGGAAUUUCACGCUAGGGACUGUGACCUCAACUUCGUGGAGAAAAAUGUGCUGGCCCAGAUGACGAAACUGGUGAUUGUUGAUUUGGGGAAGAACCUCAUUACUGUAUUACCUCCACCCAAAGUGCUUUCAAAGGUCAUCUUCCUGAAGACUUUGUUGCUGGACAGCAACAAGAUUCAAAGCAUCGCCAAAAGACAGUUUGUUGCUUUGCAUCUACAGACUCUGGAUCUGUCUUCUAAUGUCAUCAGCGACAUUGAUGAGGAUGCUUUCACUGCUAUGGCCAUGCAAGAGCUGAAUCUGUUCAACAAUAGCAUUGUCUCUUUAAGCAAGGCCGUGUUUCAGCCUCUAACUCAUCAUCUCACUUACCUGAACCUGGCAGGUAAUCGUUUGCAAAACUUGGAUCCCACUUUGUUUCAAGAUCUUCAGCUGUUGGUGUCCUUGAAUUUAUCUUCAUGUGCCCUGGAUUCAUUCGGAGAAGAGUUAUUGAAGAAUUUGCCAAAGCUGCAGAAGCUGGAUAUCUCCAGGAACCAGCUUCACUUUUUGCCCGAGUCUAUGUUAGCCAAGUGUAAUCAGUUAGAUGUCCUGAGCCUGCAUGAUAACCAGUGGGUCUGCGAUUGCCAGAUUGAAGCUCUUCGUGACUGGCUCCAGAAGGCCAACAGUGCUGCUAAACUGCAGUGUCACACAACAGGCAUCACGCAGGGGAUCUGUCUGGAGCCCACGUGUGCAUCGCCGUCCGAUCUGUCGAAGGUCAAGGUUUCUGCUCUUCAGGAUGAGCAGUUGUCCGGCUGCAAGCAUGAGGGGAGCUCGUCCUCGUUGCCAGCCGGUACCCAGGGAGCCAUUGUGGCUUCAUGCAUGGGUUUUGCCAUCAUCCUUCUCAUCAUCACGAUUUAUCUCUGGAAGAGGGGGAAGACCUCUCACGGUCUGAAGAAAAUCUGCGUUCCCUCUAACGCCGAGAGUUCUCACACCGUGGACGAAGAUUCCAAAGUCCCGCCUUUAGAGAACUGUGAGCGGUCUUCUCUCACACUCUCAGAUCACAACUUUGUGUUCAGACAUUAUUUUGAUCAUCUGGUCACGGACCCGAAACUCAUGUCGAAAACUUCCGAUUCAGAAGAUGAAGGAGAGGAGGCCCCAUCGUCAGGUAAAAAGGAGAAAGACAGCCUCUACUCCUCCCAGCCCUCUCUGUAUAGUGAUCCUGUAGCGGCUUAUGGCAUGGAGUCUACUGUGUAACUGCUCAACCCUAUUGGGGAGGGGGGGGCAGGGGGGUUGUGUUCUGCAAGUGCUAUUGCUUACUGUUCUUGUGAAAAGAAAUUUCUUCUUCUCUUUAUUUUUUUUUUGUCUGCAAGGUGAAGACAUUUCAUUUAAAUGCUCUCCCUUGAAUUUCAAUGGAACGUUUUGUGCUAUGACAAACUUUGUUCUUUGAGGGAUUUUUUAAAUUUGUGAGCAGGCCUGAUGAUCUGUGUAAAUAUAGGUGAGCUCUUAAAUGAAAAUAUGGAAUUUAAUCAAUACAGAUACAGGAAGAAUGUCUUUGUUACUGAGGAGAGGCGUAGAAAUGAAGAGUACAAUAUGAUUCCUAUACUCAAGCCACAAUCACAACAGCAAUCAUGUUUGUGAAAUAUUUUGAAUGUGCACCGUGUGAACUUAAUGCCCUGUGGUUGACAAAAUGUGUUCAUGUAGUUAAAUGUUUGCUGUACUAGUGUUUGAGGUAAGCACAGUUGGUAUUUUUGCAUAGAUAGGUCCUCUUCACAUUUAAGUAAACCCAUACAGGCUGAAAGAAAACUAAGCUGAUAAGCCUAUAUAUAAAAUUUAUGCAUUAAAUGUUUCUAGCCAGA